AUUACGAUGCUGCAGAAAUUUACGAUGCUGCAAAAACUAUGCUUAGUUUUUAUUCCUCAGUGUAUUUCAGUGUUGCUAGGUUACGCAGGGGUUGCAAAUUUUGCGUCCAUUUGCGACCGCUCAAAUGCUUCUAGCUUACAACUUGGACAGUUUUUUUUAAUAAUCUGAAAUUUUUAACCCUGUAAUUUGGUGCUGGCUUCGUACUCUCAGGAGUUGGAAAUCUUGACUCCAAAUGUCUGCGCAAGUGCUUUUAGUAUCCGAUUGUGCCCUUUUUUUGCUUUUUCGGGGGAGUCAAAUCUUGCUUCCCAUUAUAAUUGCUCAAAUGCUAUAAGUUUCCGAGAGAUGUUGUUUUUAAUGAUUGUUUCAAACAUUUUCAGAUAACUUGGAUUUUAAAAAUAUGCAUUUUCCAACCCUUUAGUUGAGUGCUGUCAGUGUACUCCAGGGGUGGCAAAUCUUGCCUCCAUAUAUGCCUGCUGAAAUUCUUUCAUUUUCCGAGCUAUGACUUUUUAUAUGGCUUCUAUAAAGUUCAAAAAACUUAGAUCUCGAUUUUGAAGUGUAAUUGAUAAACGAUUAUUCGUGGAUGCGUUUGAAAAUAGGGAAUAUGUUGCAGUUUUUGAAAUAGUUCUGUUUUAUUUUUCGUAGUUUUCUUCAUAUGAUUUAUGUAAGCGAGUUUCAUUUCACGCUAGUUUCAUUUAAGUUUAUUUUGGAAUGAGCACGAACAUCACGACGGAAAAGGUAUCGGCUGACCAGGCUUCAAAAUUUAAUGGAUUUUCCAAGCCAACUUCAAUUCGGCCGUUAACUUCUUCAAACCAAAUAUCAAGAUAUGAUAAUCCAUCUCGGUGGAUUUUCAAUUCUGAGAGAUUAGCUGAAUUUCCUUCAGUGAAUAAAAGCUACGCUGAUUUGUCCGAUAGACAGUAUCGGCAGCAGGCAGCGAACAUGAUACAAGAUAUGAGCAAAUCCCUUGCUAUACAGCCGCUGGCUAUAAACACUGCCAUAGUGUAUAUGCAUCGUUUUUUUGUAUUUCAUUCCUUCGAUCAGUUCGAUCGCUUUCUUGUAGCCGCAUGCUGCGUUUUUUUGGCAUGUAAGGUUGAAGAACAACCGCGAAAGUUAGAGCACGUCGUUCUUAUGUACUGCAAAUGGCGGAAGAUGCCAGAGAAAGUAGCAAAAGGAGAAGAACAACGAAAGCUAGUCCAAGAGUUUAUACUCCAUGAACAGUUAUUAGUGGAAACCCUUGGAUUUGACGUCCGAGUUGAACACCCACAUUCCUCUGUUAUUAAAAUAACGGAGAAGAUUAAAGCCAGUAAAGAUCUGGCUCAAACUUCGUAUCUUCUGGCAACAAAUACACUACAUCUGACAACAUUUUGUUUGCAGUAUACGCCCGUUGUGAUAGCAUGUGUUUGCAUAAAUCUAGCUUGUAAAUGGGGCCACUGGUUAAUCCCCAAGUCCAAUGAAAAGAAAGAUUGGUGGCAAUACUUUGCUCCAAGUGGUUUUACGCAACAAAAGUUGGAUGAGUUGACAGAUGAGCUAGUUACCAUUAUUGACCAGAGUCCAGCAAAAAUGAAAGAGCAUCUCAAACGAAAAUGUUUACCUGGAAAAUCCUCUUGCGCUGUUUCGGGAAAUCAGAAAGAAACGCAGUCUCAAACACCGUCCGGCCUUAAAAAGUUGGCAUCACCUAAUUUGAAACUAGGACUGAAGACCGCAUCAAAUGCAGCUCAAUCAGUAGGCCCCGAAAUUGGCACUCCUAAAGCAGAGACCGCUAACGAAGUUCAUGCGUCUGCGACUCAGGAGGUUGUAAACGACAUGGUAGACUCUUCUUCCGAAGUGAAAUUGUGCAAAACAGAACCAUCUGGCGAAGCAGCGGGUUCAACAGAAAGCAAAAGAAAACAGCUCUCGCUUAGUCAGUACAAGGAGCGCAUUACAUCCCAGAAAAAAUUAUCAGAGACAGCAAAUACCUCGCCAUGUGUCAAAGCUGAAACGCUCGAUCUACCACUCGAUGAAAAGGCGUCGAAGCAAGUUGAUACUCCGAAGAAGAAAAGCUGUAUCCUAGACGAGACGAUGAGUCCAGGCACGGACGCCAUAACAAAUCUCCUGAAGGCUUCGGCCUUGAAGAUUGAAUCAUCUAAGCUAAGCAUUGAAACUCCUGUUCGGGAUGAGAAAAACUCGAGUUCAGAUUCGAUAAGUCCGGGAGCCGAAUCGAUUGCAUUGUUAAUUACCGGAUCUAAAGUACAACCUAUUUCACAAGAAACUGAUGGAAACUUAACCAUCACAGCAGAAGUGAAUGCUUCUUUAUUAGAACCGGCUGUUAAAGUUGAACCAGAUCGUGAACCUGUUUUAAAUGUAGUGAACAGCUCCCAAGAGAUCAAUAAUUUACUGAAAUGUGCAACAAGUGUUGUCGCAACGUCUUCAACAAACAGCGGAAUAUAUUCUAUCAUAAACAGUGAAUCUGGGAAGUUUUCGAAAAAGAGCAAAAGUCAUAAAGAUAAAGACAAGAAAAAGAAAACCAAAAGUAGCAAGCACGAUAAGAAAGAUAAGCCCAAAAGCGAGCGCAAAAGUUUGAGAGAUGAAAGCAAUGGCGGGAAAUCUUCAGAAGAAAGCCAGGAAACUUAUUCGAAUUUAAAAAUAAAGUUGCGGUUGAGUCCGAAAGCAGAAGAGAUUGAAACACCACCUCCGCCACCUAUCUCAACUGAAAAUGCAUUGUCUCUUUCUUCUAACUCCUGUGUUUUGGAAGUUCUGCGUCCAGAGGUUAAUAGCACUACAAGGCCAUCUCUACCUGUCUUGAACGAACCAGCGGUUGCGCCUAUAAAAUUACCUGGAAGUCUCGGAUCGCUUCUAGAAAGCAAGCGAACAGAAAUAAGUAGCGGCGAGGAUGAAGCCGCUGCAAGGAAAUCAAGUAAAAAAGCCAAGAAAGCGCAUCGAGAGAAGUCAGAAAAGAAAAAUAAGAAAAGGGACCGAGGAGAGCUAGAAGAUGAAGAAGAAAACGGUGAGCAAUAUCAGUCGCACAAACAUCACAAAAAACACAAAAAGAAAGCGAAAAGUCGACGCGAGGACAGAGAAGACGAUGAGACACCCGACGCAGCGCCUUCUGGUAGUCUUAAACUCAAAAUAAAACUCAACGGAGCACACCUCUCCUCUCAUUUAGACCAGUCCACCGAAUCUUUAGAUGAUCAGCGGCUUCGGAUGCCAACUGAUUCUCAUUCCGUAUCUAAUAUUGACACACAGUACAAAGAAAGUAUCUGUGUAGAAUCAUAUCAACCAGCACAUAAAAAGUUUAAAUCACUGUUGUCAGACUUACCCAUGCCACCUCCUCCACCCUCUUAACCAACUGGAUGUCAUGAAAAUUUGUGAUGAAACUCGAAACUUAAUAGUAGAUAAUAAUUCAAGAUGAUUUACGAAAGAUUUCUCAUUACGUAAAUUUAUUGUUA